UAUUAGCCAAAAACCGGAGCGCGGCACUUGAGACAUCCAGAUGUUGCGUUUGAGGCACCGAGUGAAGUUAGGAGCAGCAACUGUUUUCAACAAACUUUUCAUACAUUGCUUUCCUGUUCAACACUUACAGUGAUGGAAACUGGCAGCCUCGAUUAAAGGAAAAGAAGUGGGGCUGUUUAAAACAUUUUAACGCCACAAAAAUUGUGAUAUCUGUUUGGACAAAGGGGAUAUUGAGGAGGACAACAACAAAGCCCCAACUAACUACGCAGUUUGGACUUUUAAACCUGACUGAAAUGUUUGUGUUUCUACGCCGGGUUGGAAUUAAGUAGUCCGGUAUUUGGCUGACAUUUGGGCUGAGAUAAACUCUAAUAUUUCCUAUUUGUAAGUGUGUUUUGGGGGGACAAGUGUGUGCAUCAUGGCUUUUCUUCACUUGCUCCUGUGCGCCGGGAUGUUAUCGCUGCCGAUGUGUGGAGCUUUUUUCCGCGGACCUUUACAUCCGGAGAUGUCUAACGGCACUUUUCAUCAUUAUUUCGUGCCGGACGGAGACUACGAGGAAAACGACGACCCGGAGAAAUGCCAGAUGCUUUUCAAAAUGACCGACGAGCGAAAGUGCGGUCUCGACGAGGACCAGGACGCGGUUAUACGGGACGACUUCACCAUCAUCAAGAGGCAGAUCGAGGACACGGCCAGGGUGCUGGAGGGGAUCGGGAAAAGCAUCUCGUAUGACCUGGACGGAGAGGACAGCUACGGGAAAUAUUUGCGGAGGGAGACGGCUCAGAUAGGCGAGGCGUUCACAAACUCGGAGAAAUCUCUGCUGGAGCUGGAGGUGAAAUUCAAGCAGAGCCAGGAGAGCGAGCUGAAGGAGGAGCACCGGCUCAGCGACGACUUUCUGAACAUGAUAGUGCACACACGGGACGUCCUGAAGGAGACGUUGGACAUUUCUCUGGGACUGAAGGACAAACACGAGCUCUUGUCUCUGAUCAUCCGCAGCCACGGUACAAGACUGAGUAGACUGAAGAACGAGUACAUGAAGUUCUGAGAGAAAAUAGUUCCUAUAAGUCUCAUUACAGUAAAUAUGUUAUAUGGCUUUAUUUUACAGGUCUGUUAUUUUCUGAUAAUUUCGUUGAAAGCUUCUUGGAAAGAACCAUGUAGUUUUGUACUAAUUACAGGAAAAACAGAGAGUACUGGGACUGUUACUUUAGUUAGUUCAAUUAGUUGUGUUAAGUGUAUUAUUGGCUUCCCGAUGAAUUUCUUUGCAUUGAAACCCCAAUGAAUAUUUAUUAACUAUUUGUUCAUUUAUCAUUGCAAACAUUGUUAUUCAUAUUAUACUAAAUUAAUUAGUGCUAAAUUACAUAGUUCUUUCCAGGAAACAUUGUAGGAGAGGGUUUGGAAAUAAACUGAAAUUUACAGGCCUGUAAAAUAAAGCAACACUCUAUUUUAAUUUGUUUAAGUUUUAUAGCUAAGUGUGACCAUAAGGCAGAGGCAGGGGUGAAAAUUCCUAUCAGGGAUAUAAAAUCAAAGCUUAAAAUGUCAGUUCACUUAAAUUACAAGUUAUGUAUUUAAAAAAAAAAUCCAAAAAGGUAGAAAGAAGUAAAGGCAACCACUGCAGCAAACAGAUAUUCAUUCAUGAAAAUAAAAAAAUGUGUGCAAAAGUUUGGGAACCCUACUAAGUCAGUGCUUAGUAACUCCCACUUUGCCAGCUGUCAAGCAUGGGGGUGGAAAUACUAAACUUUGGGGUUGUGUGGCAGCCAGUGGCACAGGAAACAUUACACAGAGGGAAGAAUGGAUUCCACUAAAUUUGAGGAAAUUCUGGACACUAAUGUCCAACAGUCAAUCAAGAAAGGGAAAGUGAAAAGAGGCUGGCUUCGACAACAGGAUAAUGAUACAAAGCAGAUCUCAAAAUCCACCAUGAGCUACUUCAGGAAACACAAGCUGAAGCUUUUGGAACAGCCCUCACAGCCCCCUGACCUGAACAUCACUGAAAAUCUGUGGGUAGAUCUUAAACAUACUGUGUGUGAAAGGAAGACUAAAAAUAUCUCAGAACUUGAAGUGAUCUGCAAGAAAGGAAAAUUCCUAAAUCAAGAAUAGAAAGAGGCUCAGCUGGCUACACAAAGGAUUUGCUAGCUGUGAUAUCUGCCAAAGGGGGGGGGGGGUUUGCUAAGCACUGACUUACUCUCACAUUUAAUGUCUUGUUUGCUGCAGGGGCUGUAUUCGCUUCUUAUCACUUCAAAAAUUAGUAUGUAAUUUGCCCAGGAUUUGUGAUGUCUGUCUCCAAAGCUGGAUUACCAAAGAGGAAAAGAAGGCGACAGCCCCAAGGUCUCAGGCAACCAGGGGCCCCAAAAGGUCCCCAUUCACUGCUCACAUAAUUUGCAAAUUAUGUUACAAAAGUGCAUCACUAAAGAACAUCAGUUAAGACAGGUUCUGCAUUAUUACCUGAUAUCUCGGUCUUGCUUUGUGGAGGCGCCCUGUGCCAAAAUCCUGUUUAAUUAUUUUAAAUUUACAGUGAGCUCACAUGGUUCAUAUUCCUAAAUGAAGUUGGCUUCAGACACAUUACCACAAGCAGAUUUUUUUCCACCAUAGGAGUACUGGUUUCUGGUCAUAUAAUGAAGCUUUAGUCUUCUGUGUAGUCUGUGCUUGAUUGGAACUUGGGUGCACCAGGGUACACAGACUGCAUAGAGAGCAUGAGCUAAUUUUUGCCCUGGGCCCCUAACGGUUUAAUAUGACCAUGUCUCUGUGACAUUUCUGCUGCCAAUGCGGUACAUUGAAGGUGAACAUAAUUUGGUCUGUGGUGUUUAUAGAAUUUAGUAAUUGCAUUUUUUUAAAAAAUCCAAGAGCAGUAUUCUCUCCAGAAACAAUGUCAGAGUUAUUCAGGUUAAUACACAGAACAUACUGUCAGCAGGUUUCAGUGAAACUGCAAAAUACUGAAAUCUUUCAAACAUCAUUUUGCCAAAACCAUCCCAACUCAAUGUCCACUUGCCAUCAGUUUCUGGAGCUUUGGAAUGUUUUCGGACAAGGUUUCUAGAAACUGAUGCCUCUCUUGCAUUUUUAAAAUAUAGAAUUUAUAUAGAAUAUAGAAUUUUUAUGUCAAGUCUCAGAGGUAUAUCUCAAAACCUCAGCAUGCAAGUAAAUUCAAAACUGUCUUCAUUGGGUGAACUGACUAAAUGAACUGUGGACUAAAUGUGAUAUUGCCCACUACUACCAUUGUGAUUUCUGACCACUGUCAGAAAUUACACACAACACACGCAAACAGUGAUAGAUGACUGAAUACAAAAAACAGUAAUCAUUUUCCCAGUAAAUAACUGAUACCUCUAAUGUUUGUCAAAUUUCAUCCGUGUGUCAAAUGAUAUAGCAAGAUAUGCCUCUUUUAAUGAUAUAUGGUCAUUUUUGGUCAGUGCAUUGGAUUUACCUGUCACAGGUUAGUGUGUGUGUGUGUGUGUGUGUGUGUGUGUGUGUGUGUGUGUGUGUGUGUGUGUGUGCGUGUGCGUGUAUGUGUGUGUGUAUGUGUAAAACAAUGGCUUCAAACAUGAGUCAGCCAAUCAAAAGUUUUCAAAAUCUAAGUGCUGUAGUCUCAUGUUUGACUACAACAUGAAGGGUUUCCCAAAACUCAUUCAGUCCUGUGUGACCACAAAAAAACGAGGUGAGUUUUGUAGAGGUUUAGCAGAUUCAUUUGAGGAGUAAGUCAAAUUUUUGGACUGAUUAUAUGUCCAUGUCAAUAUUGUAGAGUGAAUGCAAUGCGUUUGGUUCAAUUUGACCCCAAACAUUGAAUAAAUUAGCUUUGGAAGACUCCUCAUUUAGCAAGGAAGCAGCUGACAGGGUGAACCUCAUGCAGUAGCUUGGUUGAAAGCUCCUAGCAUGAACAACUGUUAUUGCUGCUCUUCUCUGACACUCCAGAUGAAUGUUUCUAAAAAUGUUUACAUGUGGACACCUAUCUGUUGUAUUUUAUUUGCUUCAUAGGCUAGCAGACUUUGCACAGUUCUUUACUGUUUCGGUGCUAAAGGUUGUGACAAGGUUUAACAUGCAAGGCCUUUACUGUGCUGUGCUGCACAGGCAGUAUAAUCUUGUAAAAUGUACAGUGUAUUAUUAGAGGUAAGUAAAUACUGUGAUUGCCAAUAUCUUUAUUACAGAACACCUUAAUAUGUAUUCAUUGUUUAUAUAAAGUUUUGAAAUAGAGCAGCAUAUAUCUAUUCUAGUACCCUUAAGAUAUGUGUGAUGGAUAAGACUGCAGGCAGCACUUGUGGACUUUUAUGUUAAACACUAAUCUGUGUGAUGACAUUCUUAAUGGAUUGGGUGUGUCUUCUCAAAUAAAGAGUUUGUUUUUCAAAUA